UUAAAGCUAAACAAGCAUAUGAGAAAAAAGGAAAAGAAAAAAAGGGAUGAAAAAAGUUAAAGAAAAAAAUAAAGAAAAAUAAGAAGAGGAAAAAAAGAAAGGAGGAGGAGCACAAGAAGCCAGUCCUCCGUUUGCAGCUCAUCUCAUAAUCCCUUUCUCCUCCGAACCACCCCCACCCACCACCCGAUCGCCGCUUUCCGCCGUCAUCUCCGGCGGGACCAUCUAUGUUUUCCGUUGAACAACAAAAGGUUUAGGUAUUAUGAAGAAUAUUUAUUUGGACCCUGGAUCAUCUGCUUCUUAAAUCGUUGGAAUUUUGUAUUGUUGGACUCUCUUGUGUUGUUUAAAUCUCAAUAUGCAGAAGAGUGUCAGUCUAUCCAAGCAUAAUUCUCUGAGACUGACAACUCAGCAAUCUCUUCGUCGUCUGGGGCUAUGUUCUCAAGUGUCGACUGGACAACAAACUUCACCUGUUGUCUUCCCUGAAAAACGUAAUAGCAGAGGGAAGGCUGCAAGUGCUAACAACGCUAAUCCUAAUGAGGCUAAGAGGGAUGAACAUAGGAUUGAUGUUGGAGAUGAGAAGUCUGACUUACUAGGAUAUGAAGUAUUCACAGGAAAACUCUCUCUCGACAAAAGGAAAUCUUGUAAAAACCUUGAGGUACAGACUUCGGAGAGUUCAAACUCAGAUACGGUUGAUGCUAAACUAACGAGCAAGGCACUGAUUUGGGGCUCUAACAUACUGCGGCUAGAUGAUGUGAUUUCGCUGUCGUACUGUGUUGGUCUUAGACAUUUUACUGUCCAUGCAUAUCCUGUUAGAAAGGGCUCGUGUUACCUUUUCACUAAAAGUGGGAGAAGUAGGAAGGACUUUCGUUUUUUCGCAUCCACCUCAGACGAUGCCAUUCAGUGGGUCAAUGCUUUUGCUGAUCAACAGUGCUAUGUUAAUUGCUUGCCUCACCCAAUGGCUUCUAAGAAGCUGAGCUCAGAUCUGGUAUUCAACGAGUUUCCUCCCGAGUCAUAUAUAAGAUGUAAAAGUGCACCCAAAAUGCUCGUCAUUUUAAACCCUCGAUCCGGACGUGGUCGGUCAAGCAAAGUUUUCCAUGGUUUGGUUGAGCCUAUAUUCAAGCUCUCCGGAUUUGAGUUAGAAGUUGUUAAAACACAAUCUGCUGGUCAUGCUCGAAAACUUGCAGCCAGUGUUGAUUUCAGUACAUGUCCUGAUGGUAUUAUAUGUGUAGGAGGUGAUGGAAUCAUAAAUGAGGUUUUGAAUGGUUUACUCAGUAGAGAAAACCAGAAAGAAGCUAUUUCAAUCCCGAUCGGAAUCAUACCUGCUGGUUCUGAUAAUUCAUUAGUCUGGACGGUUCUUGGAGUUAGAGAUCCAGUAUCUGCAGCAAUAGCAAUAGUGAAGGGAGGUCUUACUGCCACUGAUGUUUUUGCUGUCGAGUGGUAUCAUACUGGAGCCAUUCACUUUGGGAUGACAGUUACAUACUUCGGUUUUAUAAGCGAUGUACUCGAGCUCUCCGAAAAAUACCAGAAACGAUUCGGCCCAUUACGCUACUUUGUUGCCGGUUUUCUCAAAUUCCUAUGCUUGCCCAAGUACAGCUACGAACUCGAAUAUCUCCCAGCCCGAUUAGAAGGCCGCGAAGGCGGCAAACUCCCAAAUGACCACGAAGUCAUAGACAUGGCCGAGCUCUACACCGACAUAAUGCGCCGCUCGAGCAAAGAAGGCCUCCCCCGCGCUUCAAGCCUCUCGAGCAUCGACUCCAUAAUGACCCCAAGCCGCAUGUCGGCUGCCGAAGUCGACACAACCUGCAGCAGCAGCAACGAGCCCUCAGAUUACGUUCGGGCCAUCGACCCGAAAUCCAAACGCCUCUCUGCCGGCAGAAACAACGUAGCCGGGCCCGGGCCCGAGCCCGAAGUCAUCCACCCUCCUCUCCCGCUAUCGGUUACUCCAAACUGGCCCAGGACUCGGUCAAAGUCACGGAGUCGAGCUGGGCCAAACGCUGCCAACGACCCCACUAGAGGUUCGUGGGCCACGACCACGACUUACGACAGAGAGGAUAUCUCUUCGACUUUGUCAGACCCGGGCCCGGUUUGGGAUGCCGAGCCCAGGUGGGAUUCGGAGCUCAAUUGGGAGGUGGAGAACCCGAUUGAGUUGCCGGGCCCACUUGAGGGGUUGGAGGGAGGUGAUGUGAAGGAUAAGGAGAGUGUGGUGAGAUCGGAGGAGAAUUGGGUGGUGACGAAGGGGAAGUUUCUUGGGGUGUUAGUGUGCAAUCACUCGUGCAAGACUGUGCAGAGUUUGAGUUCGCAAGUGGUGGCGCCGAAGGCGGAGCACGACGACAGUGCUUUGGAUUUGUUGCUGGUGCGUGGGAGCGGGAGGUUUAAGCUGUUGAGGUUUUUCUUGCGCCUGCAAACGGGAAAACAUCUUUCCUUGCCGUAUGUCGAGUAUGUUAAGGUUAAAUCGGUGAGAAUAAAACCUGGAAAGCACACGCACAAUGGAUGUGGCAUCGAUGGUGAACUAUUCCCAGUUAACGGACAAGUCAUAUGUUCAUUACUCCCAGAACAGUGUAGACUUAUCGGGCGCUCUCCAUCUUCUUCCAAGUGAUCACUUUGAAUAACUCAAGAGUUUGAGGUCUUUGUAAAUUUUUGUCGAUGCUUUUCGGUCUUCCGGAUCAGAAUUUGAGGUGCCUGUAAAUUUAACGCGUCGUAUAUUUUUCUAUACUGGCUCACUAUAUAUAUCGAACAUGUAUCAUUGCAGUUGCCACACAUGCCGAUUUGCCCCGAACUGGCUUUGUAUGGAAUGUAGACAGUAUAAACCCUCUUUUGCCUGAUGUAUUUUGCUU